UGCAGAACCCCACCAAAGAAACGAGGGGCUGAAGAUUGUUAGUGUUAGCCCAUGCCCGCCCAAAUUGCGCCAUCAAGAUUCUUCUUGCUAGCAUUCGUCAUCCUGGCUAUCUCCAUCUUCAACCCAUCGUUGCUUUCUCGUAGUGUUGCUCGUCUCUCUCAACUGAAACACCACAUCUACCCGUCGACCGCACUUCAUCCAUCACAACACUUGUAUACGAAUUCGAAUCGAAGCAUACACACAAUGGCCUACGAGAAGGAAUUGGAGAUCGCUCUCCUGGCUGUUCAGCGAGCGUCCAUCCUUACAAAAUCGGUUUACUCGAGCCACUCCAAAGGCACGCUAUCCAAGAGCGACUCCUCCCCUGUCACAAUCGGCGACUUCGGCGCGCAAGCCCUGAUCAUCGCAUCGAUAAAGCAUGCUUUCCCUGAGGACGAAGUUGUUGGCGAGGAGGAUGCCAACGACCUGCGCAAGAACGACUCGCUCCGUGAUCUUGUCUGGGAUCUGGUACAAGCAGCGAAGCUAAAGGACAGCUCUGCCGAAGAGAAGAUUGGUGGACCCAUCAAGAGCGCAGAUGCUAUGCUGUCAGCGCUUGAUCAGGGAAACAGCGAGGGCGGCAGGAAGGGCAGGAUCUGGGCACUUGACCCCAUCGACGGCACAAAGGGAUUCCUGCGUGGUGGACAAUACGCUGUCUGCUUGGGUCUACUCGUAGACGGUGUACCUACCGUAGGUGUCAUCGGCUGCCCCAACCUCCCAGUCGACGACCAGGCUCCCCUCACCACCACUACCGGACAAGACGCAGAUGACAAGGAGGGCAAGGGCGUGCUGUUCGGUGCCGUGAAGGGACAGGGUGCUACAAGCCGACCGCUGAGCAAGGGUGCUCUCACAGAAGCAAAGGCCAUCAAGAUGAAGCCCCUCUCAGAUGUCACCCAAGCCACAUUCUGCGAAUCUGUAGAAGCCGGCCACUCAUCACAAGGCGACAACGCUGCCAUCGCAUCAAAGCUCGGCAUCACCAAGCCUUCAGUUCGCAUGGACUCGCAAGCCAAGUACUGCUCCAUUGCCCGUGGAGCCGGUGACUUGUACCUCAGACUGCCAGUCAGCAAGACAUACCAAGAGAAGAUCUGGGAUCACGCUGCCGGUGUGGUCCUCGUUCAGGAGGCAGGUGGUGAGGUCAGCGAUGCGUACGGCAAGCCUCUUGACUUUGGCCUUGGAAGGACACUCAGGGAGAACAAGGGUGUGGUAGCUGCGCCAAAGGAUGCGUUUGCAGAGGUUAUCAAGGUUGUCAAGGAGGUUUUGAGCGCUAAGGAAUAGAUAAUGUGAUAGUCUAAGCAAUGAUACACAUGUCUUUACACCAGAUCAUGCAGCUAUCUCAUGCAAGGAAAUGAGACAAGCAUUCUUCAGAGCAGUCAACAGAGGGCUGACUGAAGGAGAAAGAUUGGCUAUAAUACAGACAAGUUCAAACGAUUGAAUUGA